AUGAGCAAAAAAGCCGAGAGGGAAAGCAAAAGCCCCAGAACAAGGAUGACAGGGAGCCAGAUUAAAACACUGAUGGCCUGUUUCCAGGAUAAUCCGUUUCCUACCACAGCAACCAGGCAGGAGCUAUCAAAAAUCCUAAACAUAUCCCCGAGGACAGUACAGAUAUGGUUUCAAAACCAGAGACAAAAGACAAAGAACCGAGCGAGGAGGGGUAGUGAAAUGGGCGAGGGAGGUAUUUCGAAGGGAUGCCCUGCAAAGCUGUAUAUUUUAGCACAUGUGGCAACUAGAAAAAUGGAGGAGGGAUACGAGUUAGACAUUGAAUGCUAG